UGUGGAAUUUUGAUUUCUUCUAUUUUUGUGCCUCAACCCGCGUAACCUUAGCAUUGGAUCGUGCAUGCUUUCCCGACAGCAUUCUCCCUUGUUUCGUUGUUUAUGGAAAUGUUAUAACGCUUGCACUGUUCCGAUUUGCCAUUGGAGUGUCUUCGGAUGGAGUGAAGAAUGUGUACACUGGUGCCACAUGCCAUUUCCGUUUUUGAGUUGUUUUUUUUUAUCCCUCGCCCUACAAACUAGCUACACAGCUCUUUGGUAGUAUAGGGCGGGCCUUAAAUCAUUUGGUAAUUGACGCCAUAACGCAGCAUUUGCAUUGACAAACGUUCGUUGUCGCCGCCGCACAAUUACCGGCAGGUUCGCCUCGUCGUCUAUUGGCUUAUCUGGCGACCGACUUCCUGAAGGCUAAUGCGUACCUUGCCCUUUUUUCCUUCUUUAUUUGCAAAACCCCACGAGCUGCAACUCACAACUCCGGGACACACCCAAGGGGUAGCGUUUUUGUUAUGCCACAGGAGGUCAUAAAAGGACGUGCAAUGUAAUCGGUAGACAGACAUGACGCGUUACAGAGUGAAGGCAGCAAAGCAAAACCCGAAAGCGAAUGCCCAAAAAAAGUGUUUAUGGAAGUGAAACGAAAGCACAAUUACAUGCUACAAAUAUGAAAAACACGGAAAAAACUAUCGUAAAAGUAUUUUAUUUUUUUCCCCCGCUACAAAGGCAAAGUAACGAGCGUAUUGAUUUUUAUUUGUUGUUAGAUCCUCAAUAAAUUUCAUCGUUGCCGUAAAGAGUAGUGUUCGAAAGUUUGAAGUGAAGUAGUGUUCAAAAGAAAGUGUUUCAAUAUUCAUACAAACAAAAAAAGACGCAGACUGAUCAACCAUGGGCAUCAAUAAUCAUCAACCAACCACACCGAUCUCGGUACUACGGGCACAAUUUUUGUUUCCCAACAGAAAGAUGUCCGACAUAGUCGACACUGAUUCGCCCACGCAGCCGAUACGUCACAAUUUUUUCACCGCCACAAAUGGACCACUGGCGUCCAACACAUCCGGAUCUCUAGCAAGCGCAACGUCUACCAGCUCGAUGACCACAUCACAGGAGUUAUUGAACAGCAGCAGGAGCAGCAGCAAAAGCUCCAAGCUGUCGUCGUCCACGUCCUCCUCCAGUACCACCACGAAGCAUGUGGAGAAGAGUUCCUCCUCCACGCAACGCAUGUCAUCGCUAACGUCCUCCUCCAGUAGCACAACAUCCACCGCUGCGGUCAAGCAGAACCUCGGUGAGAUGCAAAAUUCGAUGGCCGAAAUGAAAAAUAUGAUGGGCCACAGCAGUACCUCACAGAACUUGUCCACGUCAUCGUCUUCGUCGAUGAAAUCGUCCGCCCUCACGAACCAUCGCAAGAUGUCGGCCAAAAUUAACGAUAUAAAGACGAGGCUACGCUCGUCGAUGGACAGUCUGGAUGAUCCACAGGCGGAUCCACUGGUUACCUUUCCCGACUCGGAAACGGAUGACGAUCUGUCCAGUAUGGCAUCGAGUUUGAAACCGCUGGGAGCGAACGGUGGUAGCGGAAUUCUCGUACCGAACGGUCAUAACCAUCAUCAUCAGGCGCUCGUGAACGGUUGUGCCGGUACGGUCGAUACGGUCAAGUUCGAGCAGAAGAAAAUGACCUCCGAAUCGAAGACAAAGGUAACGACGGACGGGUUUAGCAGUGAACAGGCCACUAUUAAUUCGGCCGAAUCAAAGAAAAUGCAAGCCGGUGAGCUACAGUACCAGGAGCAGGCCGCCCUCGCUGCGAUGAGCAGUCGGAUGGAGGUGAACGGUGUGACGGCUGAAGAAAAAGGUGCCAUACUGAAGGAAGCACGUUCCGUGAAAAUGGGUGAUUUCCAACAGGCCGAAGCGAACAACAUUGCAGCUCACAGUCGCAAAGUACAGAGCGAUCACUUCAGCGCGGAAAAUAAAGCAAUCUCACAGGCACAGCAAAAGCAAACGGUUUCGUCGAGCGGUAUCUUCAAUCAGGAAAAGCACGUCUCCUCUACAACGCAGUCCACCUUCACCAUGUCCAACACCAGCACGAUCAGUUCAUCGUCACAGAUGAGCACGCUGUCCUCGUCGUCCGCAAUGAACGGGAUGCUGGGUGAUGAGUUUCCCUCGUUCGAAGACUUCGAACGGCUCACGAACACACCGGAAGAGGUCGAUAAGACGAUCAUGAAGUACUCGAAACAUUUGGCCAACUACGUGCAGAAUCUUCAGCAGACGGAGCAGCUCAAGAAGGCACCGACGCUGCUGAACCACAUGAACGAAAUCAUACGACGAGCGUGGGCCGUACCAACGCACGGACACGAAUUGGGUGCGAGUCUGUGCGAUACGCUGCGCAAUACUGGCGGGCUCGAUAUACUGAUGCGCAACUGUGUGGAUAACGAUUCGGAGGUACAGUUCUCAUCUGCCCGCCUGUUGGAACAAUGCCUUACGACGGAGAAUCGAACGCAUGUGGUUAAGAAUGGGCUGGACAAGGUGGUGAACGUGGCGUGUGUCUGCACCCGCAACAAUGCUACCGAUCAUUCACGCGUCGGUACCGGCAUACUGGAGCAUUUGUUCAAGCACAGUGAAGAUACCUGCUCGAACGUGAUCCGGCUCGGUGGUUUGGAUGCGGUACUGUUCGAGUGCCGCAAGAACGAUAUCGAAACGUUGCGCCACUGUGCGGGUGCGCUAGCGAAUCUGUCACUGUACGGUGGUUCGGAAAACCAGGAAGCUAUGAUAAAUCGUAAGGUACCGUCCUGGCUGUUCCCGCUCGCCUUUCACAACGACGAAAACAUUAAGUACUACGCGUGCCUAGCGAUCGUGGUGUUGGUAGCGAACAAAGAGAUCGAAGCGGAGGUAAUCAAAUCCGGCACGCUGAACCUGGUGGAACCCUUCGUAACGACGCACAAUCCGUCGGAGUUUGCAAAGUCCAAUCUCGCCCAUGCGCACGGUCAAAGCAAACACUGGUUACAGCGGCUAGUUCCGGUACUGAGUUCAAAGCGCGAAGAAGCACGCAAUCUGGCCGCGUUCCAUUUUUGUAUGGAAGCGGGCAUCAAGAAGGAGCAAGGCAAUACGAACAUUUUCAAAGAGAUUGGUGCAAUUGAGCCACUGAUUAGGGUAGCGAGCUCACCGAACGCGAUCGCCUCGAAGUUUGCCGCCCAAGCGUUGCGGCUUAUUGGUGAGGAGGUCCCGCACAAACUGUCCCAACAGGUACCGCUCUGGUCGACGGAAGAUGUACGAGAAUGGGUAAAGCAGAUUGGGUUCGGAGAGUAUGAGCAAAGCUUUUACGACUCGAAGGUUGACGGAGAUCUGUUGCUCCAGAUGCAGGAUUGCAAUUUGUGCAACGAUAUUGGUAUGAAAAAUGGUAUCCUGAGGAUACGGUUUCUGCGAGAGCUGCAGAACCUGAAAAAGAUGGCCGACUAUAGCUCACGUGAUCCGGACGGUCUCCAUGCUUUCCUGAGUCGAAUUGGACCAGAGUAUACGAUCUACACGUACACGAUGCUGAAUGCCGGUGUGGACAUCGAAUCACUGAGAACACUUGACGAAGACCAGCUGACGGCGACGUGUGGCAUCACGAACGCAAUCCAUCGGUCCCGCAUCUUACAGGUGAUCAAGCUGAACGAAUCGAUACCUUCCUUCCGGUCGGAACAGAGCACGGAGAAAAGCUUGGACGUGUUUGUUAGCUACCGUCGCAGCAACGGUUCGCAGCUGGCCAGUUUGCUCAAGGUACAUCUCGAGCUGCGCGGUUUCUCCGUGUUUAUUGACGUGGAGCGACUAGAGGCGGGCAAGUUUGAUAACAAUCUGCUGCAGAGCAUUCGACAUGCAAGACACUUCCUGCUUGUGCUAACGCCCGAGGCACUGAAUCGUUGUGUGGAUGACGUCGAGUGUAAGGAUUGGGUUCACCGGGAAAUCGUAGCAGCACUCAACUCCGAAUGCAACAUCAUUCCCAUUAUCGACAACUUCCAGUGGCCGGAGCCGGAAAAGUUACCCGAAGACAUGCGCGGCGUCUGCCAUUUCAAUGGAAUACGCUGGAUUCACGACUAUCAGGACGCCUGUGUGGACAAAGUGGAAAGGUUCAUGCGAGCAGAAACAAACGGUCGGGGAGGUAUGAUGGAUCAUGGCAGCCGACUGCAUAGUCGCCAGCCGGGCGAUGCAACGCCCUCGUCCGCCAUCUACCAGCGCAUGCACAGUAACGAUUCGGGCAAGAGCAGUGAUAAAGAAAACAGCCGUAAUCUCGAAUGA